AUGCGUCGUCCUCUCACGGAUGCCGAAGUCUCCCUCAUUAUUGACCACCUAAACCAGAAGGAAGAGCCGAGCCAGGUCUUGGUGAAGAACACGAACCGCCCAUAUUGUUCUCAACCCCUCCAUAUCGGUGAGCAGGUCAGGCUAAUUGAGGAACCCGACGCGGUCCCGAUGGCGGCAGAACAGUUUGACUUGGAAACUCAAGAGGCAGCCUUCCGCCUGGUAAAGUCUGACAGCCGUAUCGAGCGCGGUAUCCGUCACGCACAGCCGUGGAUCCGAAUCGACGGGAUAACCAGAUCACUAUAUCACUACCAACUGUACGUCAUGUACUGGCUCCUUCGGGAAGAACACGAGUCUGCCAGACAGGGUGCUUUAGUGAAUGAUCUCAUGGGCCUCGGAAAGACGACCGAAGCGCUGUGCGGGACAGUAUUCUUCAGUCUCGUGGCAAAAAACGCAGAACACAUCAAGAAUCACCCCGAAGACCAUCUGUCCCAAAUGGACGCCACUGACUCCUCCAAAUACUGCAACGUCCGCGACGACUUCCCUCUUGAAUGUGCGUGCCACGUCCGCUCGCCAGCAUAUAGGUGGAAACCGCGCAUGGGGGCAUCACUCGUUCUCACCCCGGCGGGGCUUCUCGGUACCUGGGCGACAGAAUGGACGGCCCUGGGUAUCAACACGACGAUUGUCGGGGUCAAAUUGUAUAUCCACCACGCCGACUAUCCUGGUCGCUACGUGGGUGAAGAAUAUCAUAGACGACUUCGACUACAACCGGGACCAGGAAAGAUCAUGAUGGCGCCGGCCGAGCCACAAGCGUACCGUGUCAUCAUCCUCACGUCUGUCGAGUCGUACCAGUCGUGUGUAGCGGACUUCCUAAACAACAAGGCUGGGCAUUUAGUGAAACGUGGUACACCCCGCCCUGAUGGCAUUGCGUGGGCUCGUGUGUGGCGGGACGAGGCCCAUCUGAGGGUGAACUGGGACACGACACUCUACGGCAUCCUGGGGCGGCUUGUCGACAACGGGGACUGGGCCGAUCCCCCAGCAUUUUAUGCCCUUACGGGGACUCCGAUCCUCCGGAACGGACUCCUCGACGUGCUUCCUCUAGUUCGGUGCAUCAAUAUAGCCUCCCCCCGUCUCAAGGACGACCCCCGUUUCGUCGAGUAUUUGGACGACAACGAGCUCGUCAAGAAGGCCAAGGGGUUAGCCAGAGCAACGAGACGCCGUGGUACUGACCGUCGACUCGCCGACGAAGAGGAACACAGGUUUGAGGAAGAUACGGCCUUCUUUGCUCGCAUGUUGCCGCUGUAUGCUAUACGACGACGAGGUUCCACCAUGCAAAACGGCAAGGUACUGACCUUUAUUCCCCCCUUGAAUUCUUUCGAUAUUGCUUGUACGUUGCCCUGCGGAGAGGACUUUCUCCUUCUUCGACAAGUUGAGGCGUUGCUGAGAAAUAAACUCAACAAAGCCUGGGACCGCGAAAUAACAAAAUGGAUAGACGAGGGCGGCGUUCGAGACGAUUUUAUGCCGGAUGAGGAGCUGCUUCUCGACAACGUCUUCUUGGCGCGACUAUUGGCUACUGCACCUGGCCUCGCUCGUCUCGGUCUACGGGAACACCUGACGUGGACCUACAUUAGAGAUCGCGACUGGCACAGUUACCCCAAGUGCAGCAACAUCUAUAGGAAUUUGAGACAGUUGGAAAGCACCAGCGGAAAGCUCCAGAAGCUCCGGGAAUUCUUAAGCCGUCUCGACCAAUGUGUAGCCUUUGACGGUAUAUGCGAGUCGCUCGUCAUCAUUUCGGAAUUUCCAUUCAUUUGCCACUUGGUUCACUGUUUCUGUAUUUGGUUAGACUACAAGGCGGAAUGGAUGCACGCUGACACAAAACCUGAGGAAAGACGGGCCAUGGUCAAAAAGUUUCAACACCCGCACCAAGAGGGACCGCCUGAGAUUCAGAUCAUCAUUGGCACCGCGGCCAUUAUGGGCCAAGGAUUGACUCUCCAUCGUGCGCAUCGAGUAUUGCUCAUGGAACCCUCGCGUCACUUUGCCGUGGAGUGCCAGAAUGCCGAUCGUGUCCACCGGCUGGGUGUCAAGACAGAUGUCUGCUAUUUCUACCGCCUCGUCAACACGAACUCAUGCACAGAAGCAGCGCUCGUGGUUUCACAGGCAAUCCAGAAUCAAACCCAGUGCCUACUAGAAUCACUCCCUACGUUACAGGAAGUGACGGACGAAUCUGAAACCACAGCACAGCUGCUUCAGGAACUGUCCGCAUUUGUCAACCGAGAGAAUGGUGUGCGAGACGAAUAA